AUGCCGUUCGAUGAAAUGACAAUUACACUGGAUGAUGUUGCAUGUUUGUUGCAUAUUCCGAUUAGGGGUGACUUUUACACACCGUCAUCGUUCACAGAGGAAGAAGCUGCGACACUUGCAGCUGAUUUGUUGGGUGUCAAUGUUCAGUAUGCGGCCAGAGAGACAAGAAAACAGCGAGGUGUAUAUUUUUCUCAACAAUGGCUAUUUGAUAACUAUAUAAGGCAGUGUUCUGUUAAGAAUUAUGAUUGUGCUGCUAGGUCGUAUUUGUUGUUGUUGGUCGGCUGUACUAUUUGCACUGACAACAGUUUUACACGCGUGGAUGCAAAAUAUCUACCGAUGUUUAGUGUUUUGUCUACAUGUGGUAGAUUUGCUUGGGGUGCUAUUGCGUUGUGUUGGAUUCACGAGUAUUUCCCUACCCUUGGAAGGCGGGCUGAGUCUGGUCUUGACUGUGAUAUUCCUGGUGCGAGUUUACCUCGAGCUAGGCGGUGGAGAGCUGCACUUCCUUUUGACCUGGUGAGUAUGUAUAGUGGAUAUCUGCGUGGCUGCAUGGUAGUUCGUUACUUGCCUGAGAGAUGUAUUAGGCAGUUUGGCUACGUUCAGUAUAUACCACCACCACCAACUUCAGCUCCUGCCAUUGAUGUUAUUGAUAGUGACUGGAUCGGUUAUGACAUCGCUGUUGAUCGGAUCGUUCAGUCGACACGUCCAGCGACAUAUGCUGCUGAGGCUGCAGCUGAUUACUUGCCGUGGUACUAUAUGAUAUCACAUCCUAUAGUAUGUCGCCCUGUUGAUGGACCGCAUGGAGCACAACCAGUUCCAUAG